AUGAGCUCCGCGGACGAGAAGAGCAUCAGGAACGAGAAACACGACCACGGAGUCGCUGUUAGCACUCGCGAAGUCGACACCGGAGCGCAGCUGCUCGCUGGUGCCGACUCAAUCGUUCUUGAUGAUGCUGAGAAGCUGCGUAUUCGCAAGAAGAUCGACUGGCACUUGCUACCCAUGGUGUGUGUUCUCUACUGGGUGCAAUUCAUGGACAAGACAACGCUCGGCAGUUCAUCGAUUCUUGGAAUCAAGACUGCUACGCAUUUAACGACGAACCAGUACAACUUGUUGGGCACGAUCUUCUACGUCUCCUACCUUGCUUUCGAGUACCCGCAAAACCUAGCCCUCCAACGCUUCCCGGUCGGCAAAUGGAUGAGUCUGAACAUCCUGAUAUGGGCAAUCGCGCUGUGUUCGCAUGCCGCCUGCAAGAACUUUGCUGGUCUCUUCGUGGCGCGCUUCGUUCUGGGGAUGUGCGAAGGCUCCAUCACCGCCGGGUUCAUGAUCGUCAGCUCCAUGUUCUACACUCGCAAUGAACAGACCACACGUGUUGGGUACUGGUUCCUCAUGAACGGCACCGCACAGAUCAUCUCGGGUUUCCUCAGCUUUGGUGUUCUGCAUAUCAGCGAUGAUAGUGGCUUGCAGCCCUGGCAAUGGCUCAUGUUGAUCACGGGGCUGAUCACACUUGUCGUCGCCAUAUCAUUCUUCCUCUGGUUCCCAGACAGCCCCGCCAACGCUCGCUUCCUCACUGCCGAUGAGAAGGUCAAGGCCGUUGUUCGCAUCAAGGAGAAUCAGACGGGUUUGGAGAACAAGCAGUUCAAGAAGGAGCAGAUGUACGAGGCGUUGAUGGACCCCAAGACUUGGCUUUUCGCGCUCUUCUCGGCUCUCGAUAACGUACCCAACUCUCUCACGAACCAGAAGCAGCUUAUCGUCGCGGGCUUCGGCUUUAGCAACCUCCAGACGACUCUGCUCGGUUGCGUUGACGGUGUCAUUGAGAUCGUCACCAUCUUUACCGGAACGCGCAUCGCAGCUCACUAUGCCAACUCUCGCGCCUACGUCGCGUGCAUCUACUUCAUCCCGAACAUCCUCGGCGUUCUGUUGGUCAACCUUCUCCCGUGGAGCAACAAAGUCGGGCUCUUGUUCGGGCAAUGGCUGACUGGUGUCGGCACCACUGGUUUCGUCCUUGCUUUGUCGUGGGUCGGGCAGACAACCGCCGGACAUACGAAGAAGAUCACCACCAACGCCAUCAUGCUAUGUGCGUACUGUCUCGGUAAUGCCGCUGCACCAUCCAUGUGGAAAGCAAAAUACACACCUAGAAACCACAUCCCAUGGACUGUCAUCGGCAUCUGCUACGUAUGCUGCGCAGGGCUUAUGCUCGCAAUUCGCUGGCUCCUGGCUCGCCGCAACAAGGAGCGCGAGGGAGAGGCUCAUGACACGACGUACGACGACGUAUACGUGCUCCAAACUGAUGACGAAGGGAAGGAAGUAGAGGUCAAGAUCGCAAAGGAAUUCCUGGACUUGACAGACUUCGAGAACAGGGAUUUCCGCUACGUCUUAUAA